GUUUGAUGUGAUAGGUUCUUCUUUCCAACCAAUAAGCUGUUUCCAUCUGUCCAGUUAAGCACAUGUCAUCUUUUUAACUUCUAGUUUUGUCAAACACCGAAAACUUACCGGUGUUUUAAAUUUUUUGGCCACCGACCAGUUAACAAUAUUUAUUUUCUAGCGCUGUAGUAAUUUCAAAAUGAAUUCUCCAUUUUCUAUAAUUAUAUUAAUUUAUUCAUUAUUGUAUUUUGCUUUUGCUAAAGAGUAUUUUGUUGAGGAAUUUUCUGAUGAUUCAUGGGAGAAGAAAUGGAUCCAAUCUGAACAUUCUGGUAAAGAAUGGGGAAAGUUUGUGUUGACAGCUGGAAAAUUCUAUGGAGAUCCUGAGAUAAGCAAAGGUGUACAAACUUCUCAAGAUGCAAGAUUCUAUGGGUUGUCUACAAAAUUUGAACCAUUUAGUAAUAAAGAUAAAACAUUGGUUCUUCAAUUUACUGUCAAGCACGAACAAAAUAUUGACUGUGGCGGUGGUUAUAUAAAGAUAUUUGAUUGCAGUUUAGAUCCUAAAGAUAUGCAUGGUGAAACUCCUUAUCUUAUGAUGUUUGGGCCUGAUAUUUGUGGUCCAGCUACUAAAAAAGUGCAUGUCAUCUUUAACUACAAAGGCAAAAAUCUCUUGGUUAACAAAGAGAUAAGAUGCAAGGAUGAUGUUUACACUCAUUUAUACACACUUAUUAUUAAACCUGAUAAUACAUAUAUUGUGAAGAUUGAUAAUGAAAAGGUUGAAAGUGGAGAACUUGAGAAAGAUUGGGAUUUUCUUCCACCAAAAACAAUAAAAGAUCCUGAAGCUAAGAAACCAGAAGAUUGGGAUGAUAAUCCUAAAAUUGAAGACCCAGAAGAUAAAAAACCUGAAGAUUGGGAACAACCAGAAUACAUUCCAGACCCUGAUGCUGUAAAGCCUGAAGAUUGGGAUGAUGAAAUGGAUGGAGAAUGGGAGCCACCUCAAAUCAACAAUCCUGCUUAUAAAGGUGAAUGGAAGCCUAGACUGUUAGAUAACCCUAAUUACAAAGGACCUUGGAUUCAUCCAGAAGUUGACAAUCCUGAUUAUGUAGAAGAUUCAAGCCUUUACCAAUAUGAUGAAAUUUGUAGUGUUGGAAUUGAUCUUUGGCAAGUAAAGUCUGGCUCUAUAUUUGAUAAUAUACUGAUCACAGAUGAUGAGGCAGAGGCUGAGAAAAGAGGUCGUGAUACAUGGGGUGCAAUUAAAGAAGCAGAAAAGAAAAUGAAAGAAAAACAGGAAGAAGAGGAACGUAAAGCUACCAGUACAAAAACUGAAGAGGAUGAAGAAGAGGAAGAUUUAGAUGAAGCAGAUUCUGCAGAUACAACAGAAGACACAACAGAGGCUGACUCUCAUGAUGAACUUUAGCUGUUGAUAAAUAGUCUAAAAAUUGUAAAGUCUACUAGUUCAUGCUCAUCGGUUUCAUUGAUGCAUCUAUCAUUGGACUUUUUAUACCACUUCUGUAGAAACUGCAAAGCUAAUCUUAACGUACAUUUGUAAAAGUUACUUUUAUCCUGUUUGACCAGAUUUUGUAUCAUUCUUGUUUCCAAGCAUCUUCAGAGCUAAACAUUUAAUCCUGGUCUUGAAUAGUCAUCCAGUACAUUAUUCUUUCGUAUCAAUUUGUUGAAUUUUGAUCUGUAUUGUUAAUAACAAGACAGAGAUUUUAAGUGUUCCUUACCAUGUAAAGAACUGUACACUAUCAUUCAAAUCUUCUGUUAAUAUAUUUUGUUAAAUUAUUUAUGGACAAUUUUUGUAUAUUUGAACAAUUAAAAUUAUUUAUAGAAACAA